UAUCAUUAACUAACCGCAAGAAUAUAAGACUGCAUGUAGAGGUGCACCAAUCUAAAAUUCUGUUGUUGAGAGCAAAGUAGUGUUUGUGUCUUUUUCUAUUUUUCGUUAUUUUAAUCACUAUUGGUAUUAAAUUCUGCAUCAUUUCAGUUCUGCAUUUUCAUCAAGAUUUGAAUUGUAAUACCUCAAAAAAAUGGACAAUGGAGAUAAUGGCGCUGGGACUCUAAAUGACACUUUUCUGACUGCUGGAGGGCAGUAUAUUGUUCAUACUGAAGAUGGUGAUGAAACUCUUGGUAUAUCGGGAGAUAGCAUGGAUGCUGGUGAUAAGGAUGGUGAACCAUUACGUGAACAGGAUAGAUUUUUGCCCAUAGCAAAUGUUGCUCGCAUAAUGAAGAAUGCAAUACCCAAAACUGGCAAGAUUGCUAAAGAUGCAAAAGAAUGUGUACAAGAAUGCGUUUCAGAAUUUGUUAGCUUUAUAACUAGCGAGGCUAGUGAUCGAUGCCACCAAGAGAAGAGAAAAACAAUAAAUGGUGAAGAUAUAUUAUUUGCCAUGUCUACCCUUGGGUUUGAUAACUACGUUGAGCCUCUGAAAUUGUAUUUACAGAAGUAUAGAGAAGCUAUGAAAGGUGAGAAAACUAUUAGCACUGCCACAGCGACUGAUUCUUCAAUUGACGACCUGGAAGACAAUUCUUAUUCUUCUCAGACAUUGACAGCUGCCAUGCUGACUGAUCAGUCAGGUCAGCAGAAUGUUAUAUAUACAACUACUGCUUAUCCUUCACAGGAGUCUUUGAAUUUAUUACUAUACAGCAAUAACUCAUAGUCAAAGAGGCAAAGCAUGGUUUGCUUUCAUAUUCAUCAUCAUCUGAAGAAGAGUAUACAGUGAUUAUUAUUAUUUAAAAUGAAAGUAAUUGAAACGAGUGUUUAAUUUCAGAGAAAUGUAUGUAUCUGUGUGUGCUGCAAAUGUAUUGUAACUGAAGUUUACUUCAUAUGUGAUACUGUUUGAUUUUUUUUCAAACUUCAUUUUGAUAUUCAAAUUUGAAAGUGAGAAUUGAAUUCUUUUUCCACUAUGAAUCACAAUUAUGUUUUUUCUGUAGACACUUAUGCUUUAUAAAAUAUUUUUAGCCAAUAUGUGCAUUGGUUUGUUAUGUUCAUUUUUCUUUCAGAUUCAUUAGAAUUUAAUUGUAAGUUGACUCUUAAAUGUAAUAGAAUCUUUGUAUGCAGUUGUCUGUAAUAAAAAAAUAAUUACGCAAGUAAAAAGAAAAAGAUAUAUAUAUGUACUCUUAAAUUGAUGUUAUUGUAUAUCUUUAAAUUGUAGAAAUCACUAAAUUAUGCAUUUCCUCCAGACCUGUAAUGAUAAUGGCAUAAGUAAAUGCUGUUUUCAUUAUUAUUAAAACAACUAUUAUGGGUGAGCAUAUUUUUUAUUCUCAUAGUUUGAUUUGUUUGCAUAAAAAUUCAUUUUUGUUUUUGCCAUUUAGUAAUAAUAUAAAUGGAACAUGUUUAUAUUGUUUUUUUACUUUUUAGCCCAAAAGGGUUGUCUCAAAAUGGGAUUUUGUUUUGGCUCACUAUAAACUGUAUAUUACUUUUCAAAUUGUUGUCACCAAAUAUUAUCCUCCUGUAUUAUUUUUAAAGAAAUUAAAUAAUGAAGAAACUGCA